CCGGCAUCUCCGGACGUCCCUGUGUUGCCAUUUCUGCGCUGGGCUUCGAACGGGAUCCAGCCGGGCUUUUUCUGAGGGUCAGGCCCCAUGGGCUCCUACGUGGGAGAGGAUGCAGCGGUCUUUCCGUCGGGAAGGUGUAAGAAGAGCCCGGAGAAGCCGGCGGCCCUGGAGCAGAGCGGAGAGGCAGUGAGCAUCAAAGACAUGGAGCUGAAGGAGGAAUGGCAGGACGACGAAUUCCCCCGGCCCCUUCCAGAAGAGAUCUCCGAAGAGGACUUUGAAGACUGCAGUUUAGACCUUAGCCCAGCAGUCGCCCCCAACACUUUGGAGCUCUGUGGUCGGCGGCGGAUGAAGAAACGCCUCCCUGCGCCGGAUCUUGGCGAGGGCUCUGUGAAAUCUGGUGAAUUCCCACAACACAUAUCAGAUGGCAGCCUGGACAUUAACGUGGAUGAUCUCGAAACGCCAUCUGACAGCGAAUUGCCGGAGGGCUCUGAGAACGGGCACGAGUACGAAUGGGAGGACGACCUCCCCAGGGCCCAGCGGUUGGACAGCAGCCUGCCCGAGAAGUUUUGCUCCGAACGUGUGGUGGACUUCAAAAGUCAGGAUGGGCGGAUAUGGCGGAUCUUCCGGUUGGACGAGACAGAGCAGAAAGUGGACUUGGGUGCCAUCGGCCCCUACAAGCGGGUCAUCUCCCACGGAGGGUACUAUGGGGAAGGCCUCAACGCCAUCAUUAUGUUUGCCUCCUGCUACUUACCGGAAAACACCAUCCCGGAUUACCCCUAUGUGAUGGAGAACCUCUUCAGCUACAUCAGCAGUACCCUGGAACUGAUGGUGGCGGAAAACUACACAUUGGUGUGUCUCAACGGUGCCACCCCUCGCAACCGGGUCCCUUCCUUCACCUGGAUCCGACAGUGUUACCAGACGAUUGACAGGCGGCUCCGGAAGAACUUGAAGUCUUUGAUUCUCGUGCAUUCCACCUGGUAUGUCAAAGCAUUGAUGGCGUUGUUCAGGCCCUUCAUCAGUUCCAAGUUCAGCCGGAAGGUGCAAUUCGUGAACAGCCUGGGAGAACUGGCCCAGCUCAUCCCCUUGGAACAGGCGCAUAUCCCCGAGUGCAUCCGCCAACUGGAUCGAUCCAGGAACACUUCUGGAGCUAAUAACGGAUGAUGCCGGCUGCAUUUUCUCGUAAAUCAAUGAAUGUUUUAUGUGAUGUCAAUCUCUUGUUUGUUUUUUUAAAAUGGAUUUUAAAAGGCUCAUGCACGCUACCUAUCCUUUCGGAUAAAGAUCUUCUUGGAAAAGGCGGAGAGCUGCCUGCUUAAAGACUUGCUUUUUUAAAAAAUGAAAGCGACUCAGGCUGAAAGACUGUACGCAGCAUCCAGCUUUGAAAAGGAGAGGUGUUUGGGAGAGGGAGAGGUAACCUGGAGACUGACAGGGGAGCCCUCUGCACGCGUUCAGAGGCAUGCAUCUUUAUGCUUUCUUUGGAGGCAGCUCUGCUAAGUGCAGCCAACUGGGAGGAAGCGGUUGGCAAUGAAGAUCACGGCCUUCUCCGUGGUGGCUCCAUUUCUGCCGAAUUCUCUAGUCAAGGAAGCCAGCCUCAGAACUUUCAGGGAGACACUGUAAAGUACUACUAUUGAGGAGGGUUUGGGGUAGGCCAGAAAGCUGCUGAUGUUGUUUUAUUGAGCUGGUUUGAUGUUGUUGAAUUUUUUGUAACUUUAACUUAAAGUGUGUGUGUAGAGGAGUAGUUUAUGGCAUUCUUAACUGCCAAGGAAGCAGUUCUGGGCUGACUGGUUGGGAAAUAAAUGUUAUAAUAUGCCAAUGAAAGAAUGAUAUUAAACAUUUACCUCCAGAAGAAUGAGGCAGACACAGUUUAGGCUCCGAGACCUGCAGUCAAAGGCAAACAGGAGGUAAGUGAGGAAGGGAAAGAGAAGGCAAGUGAAGGCAGAGAAAGCGAAGGCAGCAAACGCAGGGACUCAGCCCUGGGGAGAGCUGGCUUUGAUCCCUCCCCAAGAAUCUGAGGAUGAAAAGGGUGGCAACUUUUCCUCUUGAACUUUACACUGGCUGGGAUUACUCAUUUCUGCCCUUACCAUUCAGCUGGGAGGGCCGGCAAACUGUGGGUCCAGACUGCAAGACAGACAGAGCUGUCUGGACGGCACAAUCCACAGAGAUCUCCUCCCCAUACCAGCUCCACUGCAAUGAACUGGAGUAAAGCAAGGACUUAGAAUCACAGAAUCCUAGGGUUGGAAGGGCCCUCCAGGGUCAUCUAGUCCAACCCCCUGCACAACGCAGGAAAUUCACAACCACCUCCCUCCCCCAGCCCGUGACCCCUGCUCCAUGCCCAGAAGAUGGCAAAACACUGUCAGGGUAUCUAGCCAAACUGGCCUGGGGAAAAUUGCUUCCUGCCCCCAAAGUGUCGAUCGGCAUUACCCUGAGCAUGUAAGAAGGGGCCUCAAGAAUUAAGCACUGAUGUAACCCUUCUUGACCUCCCCCUCAUGCUCUGCCCAGGUUCACAGAAUCAGCAUUGCUGUCAAAGGGCCGUCUAGCCUCUGCUUACAAACCUCCAAAGAAGGAAAGCCCACCACCUCCCGAGGAAGCCUGUUCCACUGAGGGGCCGCUCUGUCAGGAAGUUCUUCCUAAUGUUUAGCCGAAAACUCUUGAUUUAAGAGACUUGGUGGCUUACUGCAAAGGGAACCCGCACAGGAACACUUUUUUAAUCAGCGGGAGGGGAGGCGCUACUCAGAUUCCUCAUCUUUGGCACCAGAAUUUGGGGUUGCCUUGCAUGCAAAUCAAGACUGGAGAAGCGUCUGGAAAACUCUCUUCUUGAAAUCUGUGAGUCCCACAGAAAAAGGAUGGUAGGAUACAAAGUCAGCAUUGGGUGACACCAGCUGUGAAGUAUAGGAAUGACCUCUCACCUUCAGUAGUUAAACUGAACCUCCUUGUUUAAGAGCAGUCUACCUGUGAAUGCCACCGGGGAGGGUGAUCAGAGGAUGAGCAACGGCGAUUGCUAGAGGCAUCCGUCUGACUCCUGUUGGAGAUGUCCCUGGGCUAGAUGGGUAUCAUCCGGGAAGGUUCUGGCACAAAACGGAUCCAUGACCUCAGAACUGCAGAACUUGCAGUGUGAGUUUGGCUGAUUGGAAAAGGGUAGGGCAUAGCAGUUCUCAGCCUCGGGCGGCCGGUCACAGCAGAACAGCAGGAUUUUUGUGACGCCUUAACAAACCAACAAGAUUUUCAGAGUGUAAGUUUUCAGCUUACACAGCUCUAGCUCUGACUCUCAAAUCUUGUUGGUCUGUAAGAUGCCACAGAACAAAAGUCCUGUGGGCCCAGGCAAGGUUUCUCAGCUCCUUCUCCAAGAUCUAUUAGGUUCAAUAUGUCUUCGUCUUUUAAAAAAUAACUUCUUUCCUGUAGGGUUUUUAAAAAAAUUGCAUGGAGGUUCUGUUGACAUUCAUAUCGAGAGGCAGCGUGGUGUAUUGGUUAAAGUGUUAGGCUAGGCCCGGAAAGACCCAAUGUCAUAUCCCCCCUUGCCAAAAACUCUCUGGGUGACUUGGGUGACUAACCUACCCCACAGGAGGGUUUGAGUCCAGCGGCACCUUAGAGACCCACAAGGUUUUCAGGGCUGAAGCUUUUGAAAGUCAGACUCUCGAAAGCUCAUGCCCUGGACAUCUAGUUGGUCUUUAAGAUGCUACUGGACCGGAGAAGGGAGAUCCCUGAGGCUUUUUAUCCCAGCCAAAAGGCUCAAGGAUCUCUAUUCCUACAUGUGUCUGAAGAAGAGAGCUGCGACUCUCGAAAGCUUACACCUUGAAAAUCUUGUGGGCCUCUAAGGUGCUUCUGGGCUCAAAUCCUGCUGUCCUACGGUAGACCAACACGGCUACCCACCUAAAACGACCUCACAGGGCUGUUGUGAGGGUAAACUGGGAGAGAGAAGAUAUGCAGCCCUGAAUCCUUGGAGGAGCUUGAUGAAAAUGUAAUAAAUUAGAAAACGCCUCCUUUGUUUACGGUUGCCAACAGGCCUGGAGAAAAAUGCCCUGCCCUUUUCAUCGAGGCAGGGCGUGUGCAAUUGAAGCUUUUUAUGGCACAGGGGUAAAUAACAUACUAUUAAGCCUCUUUUAAAGGGACUGGGAGUUUUUUCUCAGACCAUUUGGCAAUCCUGCCUUUACUGUCUUUUGCCAAAUGACCUGUCCCCUUCUUCUGAACAGCUGCAGCUGCCUCUGGGAAAGAGAAGCUGGGCAGGGCGCGGACGGAUUACAAGUGGCUUCCAAGAAUUCUCUCGCUCUUCACCUGCUCCCAGGACAGCCAGAAUUCCUUUCACAAAUUCUUGCAAGGUUGUGUCUCGUGGGAAUGCUGUUUUGUUGUGCAGCACGAAGACAUGGGCAACCUGUGGGCAUUUCCCAAAUUAACAGGUGCCUCCUUGCAUGAGCUGUGAUGGGUAGAAGCUGAAAUAGGAACAGAUAUAUUUUUUAAAAGCCAUAACUCUCCAAUGCUCCCUUUUCACAAGGAAACGGAGUCUAUAGAGGUCAGCCUGUGAAAUGUCUUCCAGGGAGUACAGGAAAACAGGGGUGCAACAGGCACUUCCUUCGGGUUUAUUUAUUGUUGUAUAAACUUUAAAGUGUUACCAAACAUGUUUUGUCAUUGCAUGAAAUUAAAAUAAAUGAUGAAAAGUGA